GUAAAAAGCAGAACGACGUCUGUGGAAACUUAGUGAGGUGAAGGAAGAACAACUGAACGAACCACACAGAAAUGGCUGUAUGGAUUUGGGCACUGAGCGUUCUGAGCUACUCCUGUGUUACCUGUGGAUUAAGGCAUAAGAUAUUUGAUUCGUUCACGAGCAGGACAGAACUGAGCCAUCUGGCAGUGAACUACGAGACAGGAACUGUUUAUUUAGGAGCCGUGAAUUUUCUGCAUCAACUUACAAAAGACUUGAAACCAUAUCCCUCAAUAGGUGAUGUAACAACUGGACCGUACAAUGAUAACAAAAUGUGCACCCCUCCCAUUGAUGAAAGCCAGUGCACUGAAGCUAAGUUGACUGACAAUUACAACAAGAUUCUUUUGCUGGACAUGCUGGAGAAAAAAAUUAUAAUUUGUGGGAGUUUGUUUAAAGGCAUUUGUUCCAUUAGGGAGCUUGAGAACAUUUCAAACAGAACUUAUUAUGAGAAUGGCAGUGGAGAAAAAUCAUUUGUUGCAAGUAACGAUGAGAAUGUAGCCACGGUGGGGCUCAUCACUUCUUUGGAAAAAGGUAGAAUGAUGUUUGUGGGAAAGGGGAAUGGGCUAAGUGACAAUGGGAUCAUAAUCAGCACCCGGCAGCUUUUUAAUGGGGAGGGGAGAGAGAUUUUUGAACUAUAUGCAGAUCCUGCAGUUAUUAAAUCAGCGUACCCUUCCUCAAGCACACAAGAGUUUCUGUACAUCUUCGAGGACAACCGAUAUGUGUACUUUAUUUUCAAUGAGCAUUUGAAACAGCCACUUAAAAACCGGACAAUCAUUGCACGGCUCUGCAAGGAAGAUGAACACUAUCAUUCCUACUUUGAAAUGGACCUGGAAUGUAAAGAUGAGAGUGGGCCUUACAACCAAUGUAAUGCGGUCCAUGCCGCUGUGCCUGGGCAGAUUCUUUCGGACAGUAUCACGCUGUCAAGCCAAGAUGAUGUCGCCCCAUCAGAGAAAAUACUGAUUGCCAGUUUCCAAAAAAUCGACAAAGAUAAAAAUUCCUUGGAAUCUGCUUUGUGUAUGUUUUCCUUGAGGCAGAUCAAUCAAAAAAUGGAAGAAAAAAGGGAGAAAUGCUACAAGAAGCAGGGACCGGGUGUUUUUUACAAACCGUUUGUAGCAGAUAGUAUGUUAUGUACUAGUAAAAUUCAUCAGGAUCUUCUUAGCAAAACUUUUCCAUGUGGUUCUGAACAUUUGCCAUACCCUCUGGGAAGCAAAGAGGGAAUUACAACUGAACCUCUUUUGAAAAAGGAAGGUGUUAAGUUAACUGCUUUGACCUUUGCUGUAGAGAAUGAUUACACUGUGGCGUUUGUAGGAACUUCUGAUGGCAGAAUACUCAAGAUAUUUCUGGAUAAUCCUGCAAAGGAGUAUGGUGGUGGAGUGCUUGAAAAAAACCAAGCUAUUAAGAAGGAUCUUGUCCUCGAUGUUCUCCAAGAGCACUUGUAUGUGAUGACUGCAAACAAGGUGUUUCGAUUGCCUGUCCAGGAAUGCGAUAUUUAUUCUACUUGUGAACAGUGUAUUAAUGCUCACGAUCCUUAUUGUGGUUGGUGUGUAACAGAGGGAAAGUGCUCAAGAAAAAAAGACUGUGAAAGAUCGGCUAUGGCAAAUAAUUGGCUCUGGAGCCCAAAUGGCAAAUGUUUGACUAUUACAAGAGCUCAGCCUCGAAACAGGAGUCGCAGGGUUCCAGGCAAGGUAGAAUUGACUCUAAGCCCUAUGCCAGAUUUAAAUGAAGAUGACCAGCUACAGUGUCACUUUGGUGAAACAAGUCAUCAGGCGGAGUUAAUGGAUGAAGCUAUUAUCUGUCAUCCUCCAGAGGUAAUCCCUCCGACACCUAAAGGCCAAGACCAUGUCUUAGUUCCACUACGUCUGACCUUUGGUGAUGGUAUAUUUUUUGCAUCAAGUACAUACCCUUUUUAUGACUGUGGAGAAGCUAUAAAUCUUUCAGAAAAUGAACCUUUGGCUUUCUGA